AUGGACGACUACGAAGGAUAUAGCCAUGCUCGUUCGCCCCGAGAGACGCCUCGGGAGCGUGACGACUACCGCUCCGCUGACCCCUACCGUGACCGUCGACGUUCACCAGACCGCCGCCGCGCGCCCGACCGAGACCGCASACGCUCGCGCUCGCCCGCACAGAUCGACAGGUACCAGCCCGAUCGCGUUGGCCGCGAUGAUUACACGUAUGCACCGCGCCGUGAUGAGCCCCAUCCCCAUCCUCGCCGACGCUCCUCUCCUCAACCCAUCGACAGAUACAUUCCGGGUCCCGAGCCGUCGGCCAUCAUUGCCAACCCUCUCCCAGAUCCGAUGAAGCUGGACUUUCAGGUUGGCUUUACUUGGUUCGCCGAAUGGUGGAGGACUGAGCAGCUCAUCAAGGAAGACAAGGAGCGCGUGCGAAGUGGCCGCCCGCCGCCAAGACUGAGAGGUGAACGCGAGUCCAAGGAAGAGCGUGAUGCUGAGAGACCCAAGAUCCAGGCGGCUUAUGAUCAAUAUAAGGAGAAUUUACAGAAAUCUCAAGCUCAGACAUUCGUGCGGCUGCACAAGACCGAGGACUGGUUCCGUGAGCGCUAUGUGCCCGAAGUUCGAAAUCCGUUUCGAGCGAAGUUGAUGAACUACYGCAAGGGCUUGUUUGCGCAGUGGGAGCACGAUCUGAGUUCCGGCGUCUUCGACGAAUUCACUUUGGAGGGUAUUUACAAGUCCGAAUCAAACGGCCUGGGAGGUAUAGUCGAGCGCGAGGAAGGCGAGACGUCGGCAGCAGCAGAGGUUUUGGGAGUCGGCGACUUGCUUCCCGCAAAGGGUGGUGACUUGCGUGAUCCUGCAUCGGCCCAGCCCACGUUACUUAUCAAGACCAUUGCCCCUACGGUCACGCGCGAGAAGUUUGAAACUUUUGCGAAAGAACACCUGGGCGAGGAUGAGGGGGGGUUCAGACAUUUAUCCCUGUCGGAUCCCAACCCUCUCAAAAAGUGUCACCGCAUGGGCUGGAUCAUUCUAAACCCGGGACCCGAGCAGACAGCUGAGUCUGAGGAGCACGUUGUUCCCCGUGACGAUGAUGGUGAUGGUGGAGAGGCCAUGAAAACCGACACCGCGUUGAGACCUCAGAGCUCCAGUGAUAAGGCGCUUGAGAAGAUCAACGGCAAGACCAUCGAAGAUCCCGAGCGUGGCAACUUCACAGUGCAUUGUGGCGUCCACCGGCCCCCAGAGGGGCCAAGGAAAAAGGCCUUGUGGGACUUGUUCUCUGCUUCUGAGCGCGUCGCUCGUGAUCUAGAGUUGGCAACACGUCUCGUUCGCAGACUUGACAACGAGUUGGGCGAUGAAUACUUUGGCGUGGCCAAAAUCGAGGAGCGUGUUCACGAGUUGACUGAAAGAGGAAUGCUGCAGCCUGUGGCACCGUCCAAACCCGAGAAGGAUCCAGACACAAUUGACUUUGAUGUCGAGGAGGGAGAAGAGGAGGACGAGGGCAUGAUUGAUGAAGACGAGAUGGACGAUGAAGAGCUUCUCAUCAAGAAGAAGAAACUCGAUCUGCUGGUGGAGUACCUCCGCAGAGUCUACAAUUUCUGUUUCUUCUGUGUUUUCGAGUCCGACUCGGUGCAUGAGCUGCAGCGCAAGUGUCCUGGUGGUCAUUUGCGCCGACCACGGGCGAGCCUGACCUCUGCCGCUAAAGAGACUGCACGAGCGAGUGCUACCGGUGAGCCCUUUCCUCUGUUGAGGGGCAAAGGCGUCGACGUGAAAAUCGAAAACGAAGGCAACGAAGACGAAGAGAAGCCCGAAAGCCCCGUCGAGGAGAAGAAGUCUCUAAUGAGACCGAACACCAAGACGACGCUACAGCUUCAGCGUGCUUAUAACUGGGUCAAGACGUUCGAAGAGAAGAUCUUGCAGAUCUUGGAGCCUGACAAUGUCAAUCUUCGCAAGCUGGGCGGUACUCCGGUGGAUGAAGGUGUUGAGAAGGAGCUCCUCAAGUAUGUGCUCCAAGAGGAUGUGCACAAGUUCCGCUGCAAGAUCCCGGAAUGCACCAAGCUGUUCAAAGGUACAGACUUCUGGCGCAAGCACGUUGAGAAGCGUCAUGCGGACUGGAACGAGCGGAUCAGGGCCGAAGUGGAGCUUGUCAACACUUACGUCCUGGAUCCGGCUCACAUUGCUCCAAGCCGUAGUGAUGCGAAUAGCAACGGCCACUUCCCGCUCAACAACCACGCACCAUCCGGAACCCCUCGUGGUUUCCAGCUUCAUCAGCAGUUUCAAAUGGGCUAUCCCAUGGGCGCCGGAAUGACCUCGGCAGGUGCGAUGCCUGCAAUGUUCAACCCCGGACAGCCCAUGCCUGGCGUGUGGGCCGGAAACCCGGCCAUGGGCGGAGGCGUGGGACCCAUGCGCAGUAAUGGACGAAAUUUCGCGACCAACGGUGGUGGUGCAUACCGCAUGCCGGGACCAUAUCAGCGUAACGGCGGCGGCAGAGGUCGUUUGCCUUCGAUGAGCGAUGGGCGACCGGGACCCAGCGAGGCUGUUGCCGGACGCAGCCUACGCAGCUACGAGGACUUGGAUGCUGACAAAGGAGAGACCACCGAGCUAAAUUAUUGA